GUCCUCCUCUCUUCCCCCAGCCAGCCCCCUCCUCGGAAGUAGACGCAUCCGUCUAUAUUCCGUUCUUUUAUUUUUAUAUUUUUGUAACCCCUUUUCCCCACCACGUAGCACUAUGGACGCCAAGAUGGACGAUUAAACCGAAGAACGGGUCCACGAUUUCACCCCUAUAUUUAUCCUUGAAUUGAGUGGACCGGAUGAAAUCCCACUGUGUUUUUCUCCGCUUCGCAGGGGAGGUAGCUGUAUCCAGUGGGGAGGUAGGCUUAACCAGGGGAAAGAAUGAAGUUCUUCGAACCCUGGGGACGCCAGAGGCUGUCUUUUCUUCUGGAAAAGGCCGCCUCUAGGGAAGCCAAGAUGUGGAAGGUCUAUGUGCCAAAGAAACCCUCCUCACAGGAUAUAGACAUUACCCCUGCCCAGCGGGAUGAGGUCGUGCGCUGGUUGACAGAGCUCCACGGCAGGCUGCAGCUGUACCCGGAGACCCUGGUGUUAGCUGUUAGCAUCCUGGACCGCUUCCUUGCUUCCAUCAAGGCCCGUCCAAAGUACCUGCGCUGCAUCGCUAUCACCUGCUUCUUCCUGGCUGCUAAGACCUGCGAGGAGGAUGAGCGUGUGCCCUCCCUGAAAGAGAUGGCUGUCUCCAGCAACUGUGGCUGUUCUCCAUCAGAGAUCCUGAGGAUGGAGAGGAUCAUCCUAGACAAACUGAACUGGGAUCUGCACACCGCCACAGCACUGGACUUCCUGCACAUCUUUCAUGCGAUGGUGCUGUCAUGUCGUUCUGGGUUUUUGAACUCCAUGUUGAGACUGAACCGCUCUCAGCACCUCACUCUGCUCACAUGGCGACUCUACAACUGUCUGGCUGACCACACACUCAUACAGCUCAGAGGAUCCAUGCUGGCCUUGGCCCUAAUCACCCUGGAGCUGGAGACCUGCUGUCCUGACUGGCUGGCUCUUACCAUUGACCUGCUGAGGAAGGCACAGAUCGACAGCUCUGAGUUGAUUCGGAGUCGAGAGCUGGUGGCUCGUAGUCUUUCCACACUGAGAUCUUCCCUGCCUCCAAACACUGUCUACAUCUACCAACCCCUUCAGAGCCAAACCACCCUGCAGCCUCCAGACCAGGACCCCAAUCGCCCCUGCUGCACACUGGGGCUCAUCACUUCCACCACUGAGUCUUCCAGGGACCAUGCCCUCGUCACCGCCAUCCCUGCCCAGCUACAGACACCAGCUGAUGGGGAAGAGGAGAGCCAGCAGCCCUGGAGCACCAUCUCCUCCACCAACCGCAGCAUCCCAGUUCUGCUCUCUCCACCCAAACACCUCCGCCAUCUUAACCACCUGCAGAAGGUCACACUGCGCUGCAAGGCAUCCGCCAAGCGCAAGGUGGAUGAAAUGGAGGUGGAUGAUUUCUAUGAUGCCAUCAAACGCCUCUACAACGAAGACGUCACCACCUCCGCUGCUGUCCAGGAGGGGGCAACAUCUUUGAUGGGUGCGAUAACAACAAGUGGAGGAGGUGAAGGAGAAGGUCUGGGUGUCUGCAGCGUCCUGUUGUCCCGACAGGAAGGCAGCUCGUCCCCAUGCCCGCCACUGCAGCCAGUCAGUGCCUCCUAGAGACCAAACAGAAACCUGUUUACCAAAACCAUCUUCCCAGUGACAUCAUCUUUCACUUGUAAAUUAAACUCCUCAAUUCAAAAUAGUUAAAACUAUAUUUAGUUUUUUGAUCUGUGAUAUUUAGGCAGUUCUUUUGGCAACAUUGAUGGGCAACUCCCUCAGCAAUAGGCAACCAUGAAAGAGAGAUUUUAUUCAGUGUUCCCAUUUGCAUAAGAAAGCAAUGUAAAAGGCAGCUCCUUGUGAAAUGUUGCCCAUCAGAGUUGAUGGAGAAAAUACAGUAAAAGAAGAAAAUAUUGAUCUUAUAAUACAAAUAAAGCAGUGAUACAGAUGAUUUCAGUGGUUAAGAUGGUUUUGGUUACAGUGCAAAGGACCCCAGCGUGACCCCCCCCCAGCUGUUCAGCUGUCCUGAGGUCAGUUGCCAUCAUCCCCUGCAAUGGGAAAACAGAGCCCCAAAAAAAUUUAAACAUUCAAAAAAAUAAAACACGUGCCGCUGCUACUAUCUUAUUAAUUAUAUUUGUUGAGCACAAAUACAAUAAUACAAAAGGUUUAAAAAAAUUAUAAAUAGAAAAGUUACCUUUAAAAAAAAAAAAAGCCUAGAUUUGACUUCUCUACCCCCCCUGUCGCUCUCUGUCCUUUUGUGGAAGAUUUCUGUCAUGGUUUGUCAACUUAUAUUUGUUCUUCACAUCUUAAACUCUUCUUCCAUUUCAUAUAUUCAUGUUUUUAUUCUGUCUUCUUCCCUUUCCUUCCUCACUCUGCAUGUUUUCAUCUCUAGAAUGUCUACAUAGUCUCAAUGUAUGGAUGAUUAUCUGUAUUACUCACAGAGAUAGAAAACCUUGUUUUUUAUUUUUAAAGUGAAGUGCAGUCUGAUUGUUAAUAAGAUGCUAAUAUAAAUAUCCCUCCUAUGAAGCCCCUCUGUUUUUCCCUCCCCUCAGCUUGUUGUGACGGCUUGACUGAAUGAACGUUUCUCGGGUUGUUUUAUUCACCCUCAAACUAAAAAAAAAAGUUUCUUUGAAGCUGCUGCUUAAAUCUGGCUUUCUCAUUUGAGUGUCUUGGCAGACAUACAACUGUUUGUUUUGGGCUCCAUUGAGUGUGGCGACACCAGGAGAUCUUGAUUAUUUCCUUAUAACGUACAUGCUCCUAUCUAAAACAUGUAAAAGGUCUUGGUCAACUCGUUGCUAUGACAAUAGCCCUAGUGGAAUUCUAACGGAAACAUCCAGGCUUUACAAACUUUGUUGUCCUUGUACGAAGAACAAAGGCCCUGGUAAAAAUCACUCUGCAUGUGGUUUCUGUGUUUAAGCACCAAGAGGGAUUUCAAGUUCUAGUUUAUAUAUUCAUAUGUAAUAAAACAACCUUGAGUUAUUUAAAGCAUUUUAAAUAAGCUAAGAGACCGAUAUGGGUUUUUUGAGUUGGUGUCUCAGCUUACGUAGGAGGCAAGUGACACUUUGAUGUUAAAAAAACAAACAAAAAAAACACAAACAACAUGCUCUGUUUUUAUCUCUUGAAGUUCUGUUUAAUAUAUUUUUCCUGCAAAAAGCUCUGUUUAUCCUGCUGUGGGAGCUGCUGGUGGCUUCUUCAGGUCCCUGAAUGCACUGGGGCACCAAUAAACGAAGAGAUACAAGAAUGAAAA